AUAAGAAACCAUUUGAAAGUACCAGUAGAGAUUCUCUACAGAAGUGAAGGAGGCAUUGUUUCCGUGGGAGAGGUAGGGUCAGAGGUCACAUUUCCUGUCCCAUUGGAUGCUGUCUAUAGUACCACAGGAGAGAUAUUCUUUCAACCAAAGAGUGAAGAUGGCCGCUAUGGGGUGUCCAAAGAAGGCGUGGCAUGGAAAGGUGUAGGGGAGAACACAAAAGUCAAACAGAUAUCCUGUGAAAUUACCAAUAACAAGGAGACGCCAGCUUACUACUUCAAUGUGCUGCCCAAGUUUGAGAAAAUUUACAGAGAAAACACAGAUGAACUGGCGGAUCAGAUGAUCACUUUUCACCUGCACCCAACAGUUAUCUUCCACAACCUGCUGCCAGUCAACUUGCAGGUAACACUGGAGGGCACAGCAGAGACUUGUAUUUUGGAUGCAGGCCACCACGUGCCACUGAGCUACGCUUCAGUUAACCAGACUACCUUGGAAAUUGUGAUUCUUGAGUACAGAGGCCAGAAGUGGAAAGGGAAAAAACUCAUUCGCCUGGAUGUUCCUGAGCUGAGUGUUCUGACAUUUCAAGUUGAGAACGGCGGACAGAGUACUUACAUGGACCUUGGGCUUCACUGUAAGGAAAAAGAUGGUAGCUUUGAUCUGACUGUCUACAGUCCAUACUGGAUUGUCAACCUGACUGACCAGGAUAUAGCCUUGAAGGAAGAUGACAAAGAAAGCCCAUUAGUACAAGAGAAAGGCAGCAAGGACAUCAUGCUUUUCUACUUCCGGGACAAGACGAUGAUUGGAGGCACUGCCAAGAAGAAAGUGAGCCUCAAGAUUGCAGACGCGGAAUGGUCAGACAAGUUCUCACUGGACACUGUUGGCAGCAGUGGGAAUGUCACUUGCAAAAACAAGGCACAAGGAAACAGCUUGGAGGUUGGAGUGAAGAUUACCCUGGCAUCCUCAGGCCUGACUAAGAUCGUCACAUUCACACCUUUCUACUUGCUGAUCAAUGCUUCCACUGUGGUUCUGGAGGUGAGGGAAGCUGACAAGCCAUCAACCUGGACUGCCCUGGAGCCUGGAGAGUGCAAGGGAUUCUACCCUCAGACCGUGGCCAAAGAGAUGACAAUCGUUGCUAAAGUGCAGGGCUACGACCCGCAGACUGUCCCAUUCUUCCUGAAUAAAGUCCAUACCACCUUGCUGAAACUAGAAGAUAGUUAUGGUGGCCUGAAUGCUGAGUGCCAGGUCAGUGAGUCGGCCAUGAUUACGACCUUCAAAACCUACAGGCCAGGAAUGGCCACAGUGCUGUUUGUCAAUCACACCACACAGUGUACUGUUGUCAUUAAACAGACUGGUUCAACAGUGGAACCCCUUGACCUGGUGCCUCUCGACUCUCAGCUGUACACCUGGACAGAUCCAACUGGGCCCAGAGAAGUCACCUGGAGUUGUGGGGAAAAAAAGAAUGUUAAAAGUGCCUUAGAUCAGGAUAAAAUAGAAGAGUUUUUUGCCCAGAAUAACAUCAAAGUCUACUUUGUCUCCUUCCUGGAUGGCAUGCAGAGGGUGGUCAUGUUUACUGAAGAUCUGGCCUUGGCCACGGUGGCUCAGGAGGCUGGGGAGCUGGAGCAGGCAGACCAGGAGAUCAACCUCAAAAUUCAUGACAUGGGCUUCUCUCUCAUUAACAACGAGAAGCUGCUAGAACUGGCUUACAUGGGCAUUACAAGCUCUGGUGUGAUCUGGGAGGAGAAGAGGAAGAGGUUUAGGGCUCUGAAGAUCAAAGAUGCUGUUCUGCUUGAGCUUGCAUACCAGAAGUACUUGCUAGAGGUGCAAACUGGCAAACCCAAGUCUGCCAUUAUCAGCCUGGAAAACAAAAUGGAGGUGGACUUUGAGAGUAUGAGGAUGAUCAAGCCGAACCAGUUCAUUAUCAGACGCAGUUUUGAAGAUGGCAUCUGGGUUCAGCUGAGGAAGUCUCCGCACUCCAUGCAGUUUCACGCCAAGAUCAACAAGCUUCAGUUUGACAAUCAGCUGCGACAAGCCAUUUUCCCCACAAUAUUGUCACCUCUGCCGCCUCCAAAGUCUGUCGCUGCUGACAGUGUUCCGAAGCCAUUUGUUGAAAUCAGUCUCAUGACCAGGAUUCAUGAACACAGUGAACUGAUGCAGAUUAAAUAUUUCAAGGUCCUGAUUCAGGAGAUGAAUCUGAAAAUAGACCAGGGCAUACUGAAUGAGUUGCUGGCCAUGUUUGCAUCAGACGUGCAGACGCUGCGCGCAAAGGAGGUGGCAGAGUUCAAGGAGGAUGUGAACCUGACCAAGAGAGAGUUAAAGGAAGAGGCUGGGGUGUCCAUGCAUGCCAAACGAGUCAGCUUUUAUGAUUACUUCCACAUUUCCCCAAUCAAGAUCCACUUGAGCUUCUCGCUGCAGGGUGGGUCUUUGAGUGACACCCCACAAGCAAACAUCUUAGGGGUUUUCCUCCAGAGUGUGGGUGUGGUCCUCACUGACGUUCAAGAUGUUGUGUUCAAGCUAGGGUACUUUGAAAGACAACAUUCCUUCUACAACAACUCUCAGCUGACCAGUGAAUUCAUUAGACAUUACAGUGGACAGGCAAUCAAACAGAUGUAUGUUCUGGUGCUGGGUCUGGAUGUGCUGGGCAAUCCCUUUGGACUCCUCCGGGGAUUGUCUGAGGGGAUUGAAGACCUCUUCUAUGAACCAUACCAGGGAGCUAUUCAAGGACCAGAAGAGUUUGCUGAGGGUCUGGCCUUGGGAGUCCGCAGUUUGUUUGGUCAUGCUGUUGGUGGUGCUGCUGGAGCUGUGUCCAGAAUCACAGGAACUCUGGGUAAAGGACUAGCUGCCCUGACUCUAGAUGAUGAUUAUCAGAAGAAACGACGAGAGCAGCUCAACAAAAGACCUGCCACAGCCAGAGAAGGUUUUGCCCGAGGUGGGAAGGGGCUUGUUAUGGGUGUGUUUGAUGGUGUGACAGGCAUUGUCAGGAAGCCCGUGGAAGGAGCCAAGCAGGAAGGUGUUGCUGGCUUCUUUAAAGGAAUGGGCAAGGGACUUGUGGGAGUGGUGACUAGGCCAACUUCAGGUGUUGUGGACUUCGCUAGCAGCUCCCUGGAAGGUAUUCGCAGAAUAACAGAUUUCAGUGAAGAGAUUCACCGCCUGCGACCACCACGCAGGUUCAACAAAGAUGGGGUUAUCCGCCCUUACAUCCGUGAAGAGGCCGAGGGAUACAACCUGCUGCUGGAGACCGACAAGGGAAAGUAUGUCGAUACUGACGAAUACAUCACCCAUGUCAAAGUUAAAGAGGAUGGCAAAGUCGUGUUUAUUGUCACAGACAAGAGAAUUAUGCUUGCUAAACGUGGUGAGAUUUUUGGAGCUUGGGAUACGGACUGGGUGUUCACCUACUCUGAGCUGAAGGGAGCUCCAAAACAAACCAGCAAGGGCAUUGAAAUUCUUCUCAAGGAGAAGGAAAAGAAAAAGCUGUUUGGGAGUAACGUGUCCAAGAAAGAUGUCCCAAUAGCUGAUGCCAAACUGGUUCAAGACAUCCUAACAAAGAUUGCAGAAGCCAUGGAAGCAGACAGAAUUGAAAGUCAAGUAUAA